AUGUUAAAUGACUACACAGAAGCUUUAAAGAACAAAGUCGUCUAUCAACAGUACACAGCACAUGAUACUACUAUAUAUGGACUGUUGGCUCUUCUUGGAGAAGAAACAACACAACCGAUUCAGUACGCCUCUACUCUUGCUUUUGAAUAUUAUAAUAAAGCGGACGAAAUGUAUGUUAGAGUAUUGUUGAAUGACAAAGUACUCAAGUUAAAUGAUAUUUGCAUCGAAGUUGAUGGGAUGUGUAAAUAUAGCGAUUUUGAGACAAAGAUGAAAGCACUUAUUCCGAAGUACGAAGAUUGCCAAGUUAAAGAUUCAAUACACAGAACACUCUCAAGAAAGGGGUGGUAUACUUACAAUUGA